CUAUUCAUUGAGAAAUUCAUCGAUUCCUGAUUAUUAUUUUGAGAUUCUUGAAGUGGAAAUUUCGGUUUUUUAUCGUCAAGCACUUUUAACUCUGCGGAUUUCUUUUCCGAGUCAAGUGCCUCGAUGUUUUCUCGAAGGGUCUUGAUUUCCUCGGUGAGAAGGCUGAUCUGAUAAUUCAGGUACUGAAUUUUCUCUGGGUCUUCUACUGCUUUCUUGGAGGAUAUCCUCGAGGGUCUGUCCAGGUAAUUAUUGAUGACACCAGGAACAUCGUGAUCUGCUGAAAACUUCCAGAUGGAGUCGCAAAAUGCAUCGAUCGAGCCCCAGAUUUGCUGGUGAAUAUUUUCCUGAUGCAACAAAAAAUGCGAAAUAAUUGAGAAAAUUGACACAAAUUCGUUAUUAAUAAUUAAAUAGAGAGAGUAAAUUACCAAUUUCUCUUUUUCCUCAACAAAAUCUUUCUUUCGUCCCUCUAAUCUCUUCUCCAUUGCUUCAGAAACUUCUCUAAUCAAUUCCAACUCCACUGAUUUCCCAGCGUAAUCACUGGAUAAUUCAUCCAACGAUUUAUUUCCCUGCUCUUUUAUUUUCUGAUCAUCUGGAGUUGGUCCUUUCUUCGAGGUAGACAUUUCACAGCGACAGAUCCUCUCAAAACAGGAAAAAUGUUGUGGAACGUUCGAAUUACUUCUUCUGCAGUUUGAAAUAUCCCUCUGGAGGGUCGUUUCAGCACUUCCGCCGAAUGACAACGUAACCUGAAAGCUGAAAAGACCAGAGGAUAACCUCGAAGAGAAGAGAUUCAGGAGAUGAAGUAAUUUCUUCAGAAUUUUUCAGUUUUUUCCAUUUACUGAGGGUUACAGAGUAAUUAAAAUAUAUCAUGUCGUUGUUAAAAACCUUUUCUUUUUUGAGGCAAGCAAUACUACCAAAAUACCAAGGAAACUCAUUACAAAUUGCCCAAAGGUUUUUAUCAACAGUUCCUGAACCUGUGCAGGAACCUCCCCGACUGGACAAAUUAUACAAAAAAAUUGAAAUUGAAGUCCGAGGGAAUGACCGUGAAGUCCUCACGAGUUAUGGAACGUUCUCGACAGAAGCUGCUAAACAUUUGGGAAUAACCGUUGGUAGAAACUCCGCACCUAAGAAACACCAUUUUGAACGCUGGACAGUCCUCAAAUCUGCUUUCGUUCACAAAAAACAUCGAGUCCAGUAUGAAAUGAGGACUUACUACAGAUAUCUGGACUUCUUCAGGCUGACAGAAUCCACUGCAGACACAUUUCUCGAGUAUUUGCAGAGAAAUUUGCCGGAGGGAGUUGCGAUGAAAGUAACAAAGGUGGAGAUUCAGAGGUUGCCAGAGACCGUUAGUAAACCCCCCAGUUAAUUUUCUAAUUUACAAAAAGAAGUACAACCAUCAUUAUUAAUUAAUAGAUACUUUGUAAGAAUUAAAAACAAUAUUCACGAAGAAAAUGAGACACUAAGUUUCAAUCUUUUGGUUUGAUAAUGAUGAUUUCGGACUCUCUCUGGCGUUUCUGCUGACGAGUUCUGGCUGUUGAAACCUCUGGGAAGAUUAAUUUUCCCAUGAAAGGUAGGGGAGGCUGGCUUUUGCUUGCCCUGCGGAUGUUGAGGGUGCUCAAAGGAGUAUCUUCGAUCUUUCGCCGCUUUUCUCGUCCACUGGGAUUCGUAAUUCCCUUCGAAGGUGGGAAACUCUCGUGCAAUCCACUGGCUUCUGCUACAUUAUUUGUUGAUAUCAUUUUAUCAGCAGCUCCCGCCUUUCGAUGGGUCCUCACCAAUUCUGCUGUUGAGAUACAGCUUCGGAGGAUGUAAUCUUGUCCUAGAAUAAUUUUUACAGGCUUAAAAUCAGGGGAAAAUUGGAGAAAUAAUAGAACAAUUUUCGUUAAUUUAUCGUACAUGCGAAGUUUCGCCAAAUAUUUUCACUUCACAUAUUCACAAAAUUCUCACGUCUCAAUCGUGAAGUAAAUUCACUUGUUAAUUCUUUCCCUUUCUGAUGAGUUAUGAAUA